GAGAGCAGAAAGAGUCAUGAGGUCCAGUCUGCUCACAGCCCUGAUCUUCACCCUGGUUACAGGGAUGGUAUUAGCCGCACCAAAGAAACUAACUGCAAAGCAGCCUCUGUGUUCCAGAUAUUUAGACGCACAGUGCGAGCCAGAUUACGUCCCUGUAUGCGGAACGGACGGAAACACAUAUGGAAAUGAAUGCGAGUUGUGCUGGGAAAAUAACCACAGAUUCGAGAAAGUCCUAAUAAAGAAAAACGGACACUGCUGAUCACCAACUGAAGACACAUGGAUCGCGAUGCUCCUCC